AGUCUUGAAAGUCCUAUCUGAAAGUCUGGAAACAUUCUGGUUGUAAUUCAACUAUGGCUGCCUAUGGGGGCACGCUAAAUGGGACCUCUGGUUCUAACAGUGCAGAAGCAUUCUGCAAUUCCAGCGACGGCUCUUCCUUUCAGCCCAUCAAAACCCAGGUGGCCAUUCCUACGGCUCAUGUCAUGCCUUCCAUGCUGGAGAGUCCUCCCUGCAAGCCCUGCACAGUGGGCAAAUCAGGAGCACCUCUGGCUGCUCUGACCUCCUUCCUGCCAGGCCCUUCAGAUGACAUGGCAGGGCCGGUGACAAACGGUAAAGCUUCGAGGCACUCCCAGGCAUUUUCCAGGGGCCAUCUUCCUAUGUACCAGGCUUCACUGGAAAAUGAUUUUGAUCGAUCCUUGUUCCCUUCAUCAGAUCAAGCAAGAAUGGAAGAUGCUCAGAAAUCUGGCAGGCUUGCUGCGGAACACACUUUUAACCAUUCUGCUGUACUAGAAAGGCAGUCUGAUGGUCCUUGGACCCAGCUCCAAAUGUGCAAUUCAAGCAUCAGGGCCGCUGACCUAGAAAAAGAACUGCGUAGAGUGCAGCUCGAUUCUAAGCCAAUAACCGAGGCCAGCAAAAUCUGUGAAAAGCAGCUCUCCUUGGGGUCUAAUCCUGCCAUUACAUAUUCCAGCUCAGUAGCUUCUCAGGUGUGGACACAGCAAACCUGUACACUACAUUCACAUGAGAACUGUGCAUUCAGUGCCUGGAAACAUCACUUGGACCGGGUUCGACUGCAACUAGAUCAGAUGCAGCUGCAAAACAAAGCUGCUUGCUACCAUCCCCUGGUAAACAGCACUUCAUUGCACUCUCUUGAGCCGACCCAGUGGGUUGGUGUUGCGAAUGCAAAUGAGAAUCUACUCAGGGAGAAGGAAAUGCUGAUUGACAGGCAGAGGCAGCACAUUUCACAGCUGGAGCAGAAGGUACGAGAAAGUGAGCUGCAGGUCCACAGUGCUCUUUUUGCCCCCCCUGCCCCUUAUGGAGACAUCUACUUGCUCAGAAUGCAGGAGUUGCAACGGGAGAAUGUAUUCUUGCGUGCUCAGUUUACUGAAAAGACAGAGUUGCUGAGUAAAGAAAAGGUUGAACUGGAGAGGAAAUUGGCCGCUUCAGAAGCAGGUGAAAAGCAGAUCCAGGAGUUCCACAAGGAGACAGUACAGACGUAUACAGCAGAGCUGAAAAAGCAAGAAGAGAGGGUUAAGGCAAGAGAUAAACACAUUGAGCAUCUGAAGAAGAAAUGCCAAAAAGAAUCUGAACAGAAUCGGGAGAAACAGCAGCGAAUAGAGACCUUGGAGCGCUACCUUGCUGACCUUCCUGUGUUGGAGGAUCACCAGAAACAAAGUCAACAGUUAAAGGAAUCCCAGCAGACCGUUGCAGCCUUGCAGGAAACAGUGACUACCCUUGAGAAGGAGCUUGUGGGUAUUCGUGCCAGUUGCAGAGAAAAGGAAUUACAGCUAGAAACACAGAAACACAAAGAAAUGGAACUACUUUCCACUGUGCACAGUUUACAAGAGAAGAUGCAGUGUGGGAAGUUGCUGCCAGGAGAAGGCUAUGCCCAGGAGAUGGAGAAAAGGAAACGGGAGAAGGAUUCUCUGCAAAAAGAAUGUGAUCUCCUCAGGAAGAUUGUGGACAAUCAAAAGAAGAAAAUGGAUCAGUUGUCCUCACAAGUGAAGGACCUGGAGGAACAGAUUGCUCAAGAGGAGGGCACAGGCCAGGCGCUGAGAGUGGAAGCCAUGAGGCAGGAGAAUGCAUUGCAGCAGCUGCACUUGGCUGUGAAAGAGUUGUCUGCACAGAAUCAGGAACUGAUUGAGAAGAACCUGACGCUCCAGGAGCACCUCCGACAGAUUGAACCGAGCCAGCAGCUGCCUGGUGAGAUGGCCCAGCUUGCUGAAGAGCUGCACAAGGAGCUGGCCAACUGCUUGCAAGACCUGCGGUCUGUCUACAGUGUUGUGACUCAGAGGGCUCAAGGGAAGGACCCCAAUUUGUCUUUGCUGCUAGGCAUUCACUCUGUGCAGUGCUCAGUUAAAGAAAAGUGUGAGUCGUUGAAGCCAGACGUACUUGCAAAGAAGCUGGAUGAUGUCAAACAGCUGCACAAGGAGAUCGAGGAUUUGCGGACCACUAUCUCUGACCGAUACGCCCAGGACAUGGGGGAUAACUGUAUCACGCAGUGAAGACAAAAAGAUAGGACUUGGGGACUCAGAUUGGAGCUGCUGGGGGAGGGGGUUGGAAAUUGCUUAAAUUAUUUUUGCUUGGGUGCCAAGUGAAACAUAUUUUCCACAACUGAGAA